AAUCAGAGUCUACUUACUCAGAGAAGAAACAACAAUGGAUCCCACACGACAGAAGGUGAAACUUAAUGAUGGCCACUUCAUUCCUGUCCUAGGAUUUGGAACCUAUGCACCUGAAGCGGUUGCUAAGAAGGAAGCUCUGGAAUUCACCCCAUUCUCUAUAGAGGUUGGGUUCCGCCAUAUUGACUGUGCUCAUUUUUACCAAAAUGAAGAGCAGGUUGGACAGGCCAUUCAAAGGAAGAUUGCAGAUGGCACUGUGAAGAGAGAAGACAUAUUCUGCACUUCAAAGCUUUGGUGCACAUCCUUUCGACCAGAGUUGGUCCGACCAGCCUUGGAAAGGUCACUGAAAAAUCUUCAACUGGACUAUGUUGAUCUCUAUAUUAUUCAUUUUCCACUGGCUCUGAAGCCAGGGAAGGAAUUACUUCCAAAAGAUGAAAAUGGAAAACUGAUAUUUGACUCAGUGGAUCUCUGUCACACGUGGGAGGCCCUGGAGAAGUGUAAGGAUGCAGGGCUGACCAAGUCCAUCGGGGUGUCCAACUUCAACCACAAGCAGCUGGAGAGGAUCCUGAACAAGCCGGGGCUCAAGUACAAGCCCGUCUGCAACCAGGUGGAAUGUCACCCUUAUCUCAACCAGAGGAAACUGUUGGAUUUCUGCAAGUCACAUGAAAUCGUUCUUGUUGCCUAUGCUGCUCUGGGAUCCCAACGAGUAAAAGAAUGGGUGAACCCAAACCACCCCGUUCUCCUGGAGGACCCGGUUCUCUCUGCCAUUGCUCAAAAGCACAAGAAAACAGCAGCUCUGGUUGCCCUUCGCUACCAGAUACAACGUGGGGUUGUGGUUCUGGCCAAGGGUAACAACAAGAAGUGGAUCAAAGAGAACAUGCAGGUGCUUGACUUUGAACUGACUCCAGAAGACAUGAAAGCAACCAAUGGCAUCAAUAGAAACAUAAGAUAUUACGAAUUUCUACCAUAAUUGACUUACAGAUGUUUCACACACAUUUUUUUUUUUCUGUAGCAGGCAGAUCAGUAGGGCAACUAAGCUUUUGAAAACUUGAUUCUAGGAAGACAGUCCUGAUUCCAGUAUAGGAACCAACCAGAGUCUUCCUGCAGGCAUCAAAGCAGAGGUUUCCUCUUGGGCUCUGUGUCUGACCAACAGAAAUGAUUGGUACCUAGGACAGCCCAUCAGUAAAAUCCUCAGAGUUGACAUCGUGGUGACUUCACUACUUUGUGCCCCUAAUCCCUGUGCCUGGUGCACCUCCUCUCAGGGCUGAGGGACCCAGUAAACACAGAUGGCACAGUGCCAGCAGCCCACUAUUGUUUUUACAUCAGGAUAAAAUGGUUAUAUUAAUAAAAACUGUAUAAUAAUGAA